CACCUAAACGCCUGCCUGCUACCAGAGAGCCUCUGUUUUGGAAGAUGCAUCUGCUUUAUACUUUCCUUGUCUUGCUCUCUCUCAGCGAUGGUUUCUCUGCUAACUGUCCCGGAAGAUGUAGCUGUGAUUCCAUGCAAUCGAUGCAGUGCUACAGACUAAUAGAGGUACCGUCAGGUAUUCCUUCCACCACUAAGAGGCUCUACAUUAGCCACAGCAAAAUUCAGCACCUCCAGCUAUCUAACUUCACUCAAAUGUUGGCCCUAGAAGAUUUUAUUCUGCUGGCCAGUGGAACAGAGUCAGUAGAAAAUGACACCUUCAGAACUCUGAGUACCUUGAAGACCUUAGAACUCUGGAAAAAUAAGUUGAGACGAGUCCCCAGCAUUCUCCCAGCCAGUCUUGAAGUGUUAAAACUAAAUGAUAAUUUAAUAUAUGUCCUACAUGGAUCAGAUUUUGAAGGACUGAAGAAAUUAAAAAUCCUUGAACUUAAAAACAACAUGAUCUCUGCCCUCUCUCCCAGCAUGCUUUCCUCCCUUGUCAGUUUGCAAAGUUUGAUGUUGGAUGGUAACAAUAUGGAGUCUGUAGCUGGACCCCUGACCCUCCCCCAUCUGAAAUAUAUGAGUAUGGAGAAUAAUAAACUACAUCUUAUACCAGGUAGCUUCUUUACUUCUCUACAGUCUUUGCAAUUUCUCAGUUUCAGUGGUAAUUUUCUGACUACAAUUCCUAUUAAUCUACCCAAAUCCUUGCUAUCUUUAAAGAUGGAGAGAAACCAGCUCAAAAUAGUAAGGUUUCAAGAUAUGAAACACUUGGAGAAUCUUUCCCAUCUUUACCUGUCAGAAAACUUACUCUCUUCCAUGGAUGGGGCACAGCUCCUUGCCAAUUUAACUACUCUGGAGCUGUCCCAAAACCAGCUUCAAAUGUUGCCCCUCAGACUACCAGCAAGGCUACAAAAACUUGAUUGUAGCAGUAAUCUGAUUCAGAGAGUCACAGCACAAAACUUCCAGGACCUCAGAGACUUGAAACAUUUGUUUCUGGACAACAACACUGUCAGCUUGUUCGAAGCUGGAGCCCUUCAGAGGUGUUCUCAGCUCUCUAACCUGGCCCUGGAGCAGAACCUACUGUUGUCUAUACCUCUAAGGCUCCCGGGGACCUUAGCCAGGCUGGAUCUAAAAGGUAAUGCCAUCCAGGCUAUUGCUGAGAGGGAGCUCAAGGGUCUCAAGCAGCUUCAGGUUCUAAACCUUAGGAACAACAAGAUCUCUGCCUUAGACCUCAAAGCCUUGGAAGGUCUGCCUCGCCUUAGGCACCUGUAUCUGGACGGAAAUCCAUGGAAUUGCACCUGCAGUCUCCUAAGAGCAGGGGAGGUCCUGAAGGCCAAGGGCACAGAUGUGAGGGGAGGACAGUGUGCAGCACCAGCUGAACGACAAGGGGAGAGCUGGAUGUCUUCCAAGAAGAUCCUAAGGCAAUGUGAGCAUCACUUACACCUGACCGAGAAAAGCAAAGAGACCAAAAAGAAAUUAAAACAUGAAGACCUCUCCAGCAUCAGAGUCAACAUGGACGAUGAUGAUUAUGAUUAUGAAAUAAAUUAA